AUGCAAAAUACCGAAACAAAUGAAAAAAAAACAUCAAGGAAUAGUUGGGUUAAAGAGCUUCAAGGAACUUAUUCCAACUUUUUAAUUUCAGGAAGUAAAAGCAUAUCAUAUUUAAGUUCAACUUUCAAUGGAGAUCAAAAUUUAAUAUCUAAUAUCAAAACAAAUGUGAAAAAUAAUAAAAACAUAACUAAUGAUAUUGAUGAUAAUGUAUUAGGAGAUAAAAAUGAAGAAAAUAAUAUAUCUGAAAAAAAAAAAAUAAUUUUUGAAGUAUAUAAAAAAUAUUAUUUUAUUGAAAUGACAAAAUAUCAUACAAGUCGAGAAAAAUAUACUACCAACUUUUUGAAUUUUCUUGAAGGACUAAAUUAUAAAAUGUCUGAAGCAUUAAAACAUGGUGAAUAUAAUAUAAAUAAUUUAAAUAUAUUUUUUAAAGAAUUUUUAAAAAACGAUACAAGUUAUUAUAAAGGUACAUCAUUAGGAAGUAAUCGAAUAAAUAAUUUGUCCAAAAAUUUUAUGAACAUAUCAGGUAAUGAUUCUUUUUGUGAUCAAUGUCAUUCAACUAUAAAUGUCGAAAAUGAUAACAUUAAUUAUUGUAAACAAAGUAAUGAAACAAAUGAUUCAAUGAAAAGUCAUGAUGGUUUUACAAAUAUAGAUAAACAUCAAUCAAACAGUAAAGAAAAUAAUAAUAGUUGUGAUUCGAAAAAAAAAAAUUAUGAUUCCUCAAAAAUAAGCAUUGAUACUGAUAAAAAAAUAAAUGAACAAACUGAGCAUGUAAAGACAAACGAGGCUAAUGGUAAUAUAGUAUCAACUACUUAUGAAAGAAAAAACAAACCUAAUGAAAUGCUUCUUUUUUUAGAUAAAGUGAUAGAUGUAGAUGCAAAUAACUACAAUUAUUAUCAUACCAUUAUUAAUGAUUGGGCUCAAUUUGGAUUCAUAAAUUAUACAAAAAUUAUGAAUAAUAUGAAAGCAAGUGGGAAUCUAAUAGACAAUGAAAUAUGCCAAAAAUUUUUAGUCACAUUAAAAGAUAGUUAUAUAAAAGAAGAAGAUAAUUUAAUGGCAAAAUUAAAAAAAAAAAAAAAUGAAUUUUUAAAACAAAUAGAUACAUGUAAAAUGUGUUGGAAACAUUUUGAAAAUAGUUAUUCAAAUUCAAAAAAAAUAAAAUGCUCAUGGUUAUGUCAAAGAAAAUAUUUAAAAAAUGUAAAAAUUCUAAUACAAAUUCAAAUUAAUUAUAUAGAAAUUAUAUGUGAAUGUAUACAAAUAUAUUUUCAACUUAAUGAAUGGAAAAAAAAUGCAAUAAAAGAUAUAUUAUGUUCUUAUAUAUUAUUAUAUAAAAGUUUCUUAAAUAUAUAUAUAAAUAAUAUUAAUAUAUUAUAUGACUCAAUAUUACAAGAAAAACAUAUCGAAAUAUCACAAUUUAAUAAUUUAAAAACAAUAACAGAUAUAGAUGAAUAUAGUAAUGAUAAUGAACAAAUGAUAAGACAAAUACAUCCUUUUAAAUUUGAUAAAAAUAAAAAAAAUGAUGAUAUUCCUAAAUUUCAAAAUGCCUUAAAUUUAAUUAAUAAUAAUAUAUUUUUUUUUAGCAAAGAAUAUAAUAUAAGAUCGAUGCUUUGUUUAUUUUGUUCAAAUAUUAAAGGACAUCUAACUAAUGCUGGAAUUUUUAAUAAAUAUAUUGAAGGAAUAUUUGUUAUUACUUGGGAUAAAUUUAUUCAUUUUUUUUCUACUCCAAAUGAUGUGUCACCACAAUGGUCUUAUCAUAUCGAUGAUAUAGAGAUCAAACUUAUUAGAAUCGAUAAAAAUACAGAAAAUUCUAAUAACGAUUCUAAAGAUAAACAAAGAAAUCCCAAUGAUGAAGAAAAUAAUGAGGAAAAAAAAACAAUACCAGAAACGACAUCUGAUAAAACAUCCAUUGAUCAAUUCAAAAUUAGUAAUAAUGAGAUAGAUGUUCAAAUUAGAGAGAAAAGAAAACUUUUGCGUAUUAGUGGAUGGUCCUUUACUUUUAGAUGUAACACUUCACAUCUAACAAAUGUUUGUUAUGAACUGAUGAAUAAUCAUUUAGAUUCUUCUUAUUAUAAAGAAGAUUUAUCAUUUUUUUCAAAUUUUUUUAAUAUCAUUUCAAAUGGUGAAAUACGAAAUGAUUUAUUAUUUACCAAAGAAAUGGCUAAUCUGUACAAUAAUAAUAAUAACAAUAAUAAUAGUAAUAAUAAUGACGAAAUAUUGACUGAUAAAGCUUGUUCAGGAAAUAGUAAAGAAAAUAUUAACAAUCAUAAUAUUUUUCAAAAUUAUACAAAUGAACAAACUUCUUUCAUAAACCCUGAACCCUCCAUAAACCCUGAAAACAAUAAUGAAGUACAUCUAUAUAACAAGAAUAUGCAAACUAGUUGGGAUAAAAGAGAUGAUGAAUCUGAUUCGGAUAAUCAAUAUAAUGAUUCGUCUUCCAACGACGAUAAUAAUACAAAUUUAAAAAAUGAAAAAUCAACACAUGGACAAUUAUUAGAUGAUUUUAAUAAAAAGAAAAAAAUGCUAAUCGAUAAUAUGAAAAAAACUGAACAAAAUAGAUCCGAAAAUGAUAAUUCUAAUGAUCAUCUAAAUCAUGAAAAAAAAAACGUGAGUAGCCAAAUAGAUGAAAAAAAAAACGUGAGUAGCCAAAUAGAUGAAGAAAAAAAUGUGAGUAGCCAAAUAGAUGAUGAAAAAAAUGUGAGUAGCCAAGUAGAUGAUGAAAAAAAUGUGAGUAGCCAAAUAGAUGAUGAAAAAAAUGUGAGUAGCCAAGUAGAUGAAGAAAAAAAUGAGGAGAAGGUUAUAUUUGAUAACAAAAAGAGAAAUAGUAAAAAAAAAGGGAAAUCGCAAAAAAAAUCGUAA